AUGCGGGUGAAGGUGCUUGAAACACAGCUCGCCAAAGAGAAGGCCAGAUGUAAGGAAUUUGAGGAGCUUCUCAAGCUUCAGCUCUCCAUGCAUGAUGAGCAAGAGGGAAAGAAAAGCAAGAUCGAAUUGGAACUAAAGGAAACCAAAGCCCAGGUGAAUAGGCUAGAAGAAUUGCUUGCUGAUGAGAGAGCCACACGGAAGGAACUAGAGGAGCGUCUCAAGAGCGAGCUCUCCAUACGUGAAGAGCUAGAGCAAAAGAAAAGCAUGAUCGAAUUGGAGCUUCAGAAAAUCAAACCUCAGGAUGAGGGUAUGAAGGAUUGA